AUUUGCGCAAUAAGUAAUGAUUAGAUCACAGGAUUUGACCCCUUAAAAGACAGUAAUUUGCAAGUGACCAUUACUGGAGCAGUCUAGUUGAUCUUUAACUGGAAUAACGCACGAUGAAGUUCUGUGUUGCUGCUUUUCUCUUCCUGGCAUUCUUCUGCCACAGCAGUUUUUCCUGUCCAGCUUUGUGCAAAUGCUACCCCACAAGUAUGGAGGUCGUUUGUAAUGAAGUUCCUCUGACAGAGUAUCCAUCGGUGGGUCUUCCAGAGAACACCACCAUGCUGACAAUUCAGCUGACAAACAUCACCUCCAUCUCAGAACACCACCUCAAAGCAACGCCUCUUCUGAAAGAGCUCCAUCUGUAUGGGAACCAGCUUCAGAGCCUCUCGUCUCAUUUACUCAGAGGCGUUCCUCAGUUGCAUACGUUGGAUCUGACCGGAAACCAGCUGAGUGAUCUACCUGUAGACGUCUUCAGCGAUGCUCCACUUCGAAACUUGGUUCUGAAGAACAAUCAGAUUAAGCGGGCAGAUCCAAAGUGGCUUCCUCAUAACAGCAGCCUGACCUGGUUGGACUUCUCUGAAAAUCGUCUAACAGAGAUCCCAGUUGGUUUGUUUCAGAUGCUCCCUCACCUACAGAAUAUUGACUUGUCCAACAAUCGACUGGAAAAGAUACCACCAAACUCCCUGGACCAUCUGACUAAACUUGAGAGGCUAAACCUGCAAAACAACAAGCUUGAGACUUUGGAUGCAUCUGUUUUCCAGUUCACACACAAUCUCACUUCUCUGUUUCUCUCUCAAAACAAGCUCACCAAACUCCCACAGAACCUCUUCCAGGGACUCAACAGACUCACACAUCUCAGUCUGGAUGACAACCAGCUCAGUCGCAUCUCCAAAGGUUUUCUUGACUUGCUGAGCUCCCUUGAGGAAGGCGGACUGGACCUGUCUGGCAACCCAUUACUUUGUGACAGGGAAGUAGAGUACCUGUGGCAGUGGCUUCAGAGGAACAACAAGAAGGUUUUGUUGGCAGACAACAUCACUUGUGCAUUGCCUGAGUCUCUCGCAGGGCGCUCAGUAAUUUCCCUUACAGAAAACGAUCUGAACAUUGGGUCUCAGCCUUCCUGAUUCUGACUGUGAUUAGGUGUAUAAAAGGGCUAAUUCAUGAAUUUUUUCUUGACUGAGGUCCUAUUAAAUUGUACAAACUGUUAAUUUCUUGCCUGCAACUUUCACAGAAACUGAAGAUACUGGCUAGUCUGAAGUGAAGUUCUACGUCCUCAACAUGUCUCUAAUCACAGAAAUGGCCCAUCUAAUAGCAGAAACAUGCUUUGAUUGUGGUUUAUGAUAAUGCAAUCAAAGCAUGUUUGAUUGAUUGGUCUUAUAAAAAUUAUUACUUGGGGAAAUAGCAGUAAAGUGUUGUGCUAUUCCAUUGGUCUUUUUGUAUGAAACCUAAAUGAAAACAAAAUGUGUAUUUUUUUUAAUAUUACAGUUAUGUUGUAUCUGUAAUAUAAGAAUAAAAAGAUGUAAAAAGUUAACAGUUGUUCAAGCGAACACAUUUAUUGAUCUUAAAAAUCUGCCAGAUUUUUUGUGUAUGUCCUCUGGAACCAUCUUAUAUGUUUUUUCUUCAUGCAUGUUUCAACACUGGAAGAUCAUUGGUGGCGCACCAACAACUUUCUUUUCUGGAGUAAAUAACUAUUGUUUUCUGUAUAAAAUUGCACCGAAUUCUUGUUGGGCAAGAUGGUGUACAAAAACAUAAUAUCCUUUUAGUUUUAAAUGCAAAUAUAACAGUAAUUUAAAACAUACUAAAUUAACAAUGGCAAUUUUGAGAUGCAGAAGAUUGGUCUUUUUUCCUCUUGGGUUAGCAGUUAGCUUUAGCUACUGGGGCUUCCUAAUCUGGACAAGAAGUUAUCUGCUGCAAACGAGAUUUUGGCUCAUCCUGACAUUUCAAUAAAAAAAGCUUACUGUUAGUUCUGUAGUUAUCCUUUAAGAAAUAUUUUAUAUCAAUAAGAUUUAAUACAAACUAAAUGUUUAAAAUUCCCCAUUUGCUUGUUUUUGUUUAGGCAGGAAUAUGUAUUCAUUAACCACUCGUUAAUUCAAGCACUGAAGAUUAAUUUUUUUAAGGAAAUGGAUAAAGAUGCAACCAAAGCAUUACGAUGACUUGUGGACAUUUUUAAAUUUCUUUCCAAAAAAUAAAAAAUAAAUCAACUUUUUGCAGACAUUUGAAUAUUUGCGUUUUACAUUUACCUUUACUCCAGAGAGUUGUCUGGUCGUUUUGGACUUUGACUCUUCUCAGUAAGGCUAGACGAGACUAAACUGAAAUUUGCAAUGAUAGUUUAGGAUAGUUUGCAGCUACUUGUUUACUGCAAGAGUUUUAAUCUAGCUGUGUUCCGUUCCUAUUAAAAUUUGGAGCAAUUGCUUCAGCAUUCCAUAAUUAGGUGUCGAUUGGUUCCAUUUAAAACCUUUUUAUGAGAGAUUUAUUUUUUCUUUCAGUCUUUUCAAAGAUUAUAAAAUGGAAUUAGAUGGGUUUCUAUCAAUACUAAGUGCUUGACAGUGGUUCUGAAAUCUAACAUAAAAAAAUCCCACCUGUUUCUGAUUCAAUUAAUAAAUUACAUUUCACCUGUUGACAAUAUAAAAAGAUAGCAAUACGACCAUUUUGUCUUUUGUUUUUGAAUUUCAACCUGGAUUGAAUGUGAAUAUAGUAGCAAGGCUUUAAGUGACAUGUCAUUAUCACUUCUUCCCACGCAUCUCUUUUAUAAUAAACAUAUAUGUGAAUCAGCCUU